AUGGACGAGAACCCAGGCCCGCACCACCAGGGCACCAUCGGUGGCCUCUCUGCGUCGGCCGCGGCGCAACCCUUUUCCAACUUUGCGUCGUACGAACCCAUCUCCCGAGCCACUACCCCCGGCAUCCCCUGCUCCAAGUCGGAUGAAGAUGACAAGAAGCGAUAUCGGCCGCGCACAUUCGCCUACUUCAAUCAGCUGCCCUUCCUCGUCGAGGAGGAGGAGCAGCGCGACGUCGCACUGCAGGGCAUCCUCAAGCAGCUCUACAUCGCCAUCCGCGCCGAGGACUUUUCCCCUGGCGCUCUUCACUGGACCAGGGAGCUCCAGGGAUGGCUCAACCUCAAGUUUGAGAUAACGCGCGAACUCAGGGCUAAACUCGCUAAGCUCUAUUAUUCUCUCGCCCUGGCGCCAGGCCUCGACUCCGUCGCCGCCGACCGUUUUCUGCGCAUGGUUGUUACGCUAACGAGAAAGAACCACUACCUGAAGCCGGGCGAAGACUUGACCCUCGAUUGGAGACCGCUAUGGAAAGAGGUCAAAACCUGGGUGCUGCCCAGCGAGGUGCCCGCCCACCAGAGCAGCCGCCGACGAUCGUCCAAGCAGCUUCUCAAGCUUUGCACCCAUGUCCACACAUACUUUGACCCUCAGGAGCGACCAGAGAUGUUACAGGAGUUUCUACCAUUCUUCAGUGUCCACGAGUUGCCCAAUGCCUUCAUUGUCACGGGCGUGCUCAACACACUGCUGCCCAGCCACCCUGCACCCCGAGCUGCCGUCGAUGCCCAGCCUGAUGCUUUCUUCCCUACCCUCUUCCAUCUUUGGUCCAUCAUGAACAGAUCAAAGGUGGUGGACAUCUUCUUUAUUGACAUGUUCUCGAGGAUGGCGCGGGACCAUUUGCAUUGCGCUCACGUACCCUUUGGCGAACAUGGCAUCUUCACUAAAGAGCAGUGCGAUCACAUAUUUACGACGAUUCUGCGAUUGACACAGAUUCCCGUUGGCCAAUCCAACUCGCCAUACUCGCCGCUCGACUUUCUUUCCGGCGCCGGCAUGUAUAUGGAGAAAGAUAAGAAAAAGUAUCCUGUUGCAUACAUGAUGGCCCGUUUGAUAGUUAACUCGCUCUCGCCAGCAUGCGCGGGCGAGAAAGACUCCGUCAUGUCCACAUUGGAGGGCCUCAUGGAGUCGAUUGACACGUUCUUCCACCCGUCUAACCAAGGCUCGUGGGGAUCUCUCCUGGGCCAAUUGGUACUCUUUCUCACGGAUGCCUUCGUUUCACGCUGGAAUCGAGAGCAGAGCGGCGAGCUCGAAAUACCCCAAGAGCGCAAAAUCGACAAGGAAUUGAAACGGCGAUUCGUUGAAUCGCUUAAGGAAGUAACAUUCAUGGGCCUCUUCUCUAAGAGCACCCGAGUAUCCCAUUGCUAUUACAAUGCUUUGCAAGGACUUGCCUAUCUAGAGCCUGAUCUUGUCCUGCCAGGUGCAUUGCAAAGGUUCUAUCCCAGUCUCCAAGGCUUGGAUGAAGUCCAUCGAACCACUUCAAGUUUGAAUAGUUUGCAGAUGAUCGCCAAUAUCAUGUCUAAGCUGAAAGGUUACCGCUGCCAUAUCACUGCUUUGCUGGCGCUGGCUCUUCCUGGCAUCGAUGCUAAUGAUCUGAGCAAGACUCAGUACACGCUCAACUUCAUCCAGAGCGUCGCAUACAGCAUUCCCUUUGCGUCAAUGAUCAAAGAAGAUAGCCAUAUUCACGACACAAGCUUGGCCAUGCAAUGGGUCCAAGGCGAAAUGGAUCGCAUGGAGCGAGAUGGCCAGAAUGUCGUUAUUGAUUACAAUUCGGAACUGACUGACGAAAUCGAGGCCAACAUUCUACGAUCUUCAACAGCAGGCUUCGGCGAAUUUGUUAUCGCUCUUCUCGGCAAGGUCUUUACUCUUCUCGAGAACCUGCCUGAUGCUAACCAGGCGCGUGGUGGAACGCCGGAAGACAACGUUAUCAACGCGCUGCCUGCUGCACUGUCUCCAUUGUUUGCGUCGUUGUCGCCAGACUUGUUUGACAUGGCUGUUGAGAGGCUUGCCGCAUUUGUAUCGUCUCAUGUUGUGCAUCAAGCGCGAGAUGCCAUGGCUUGGAUCCUAAAUGCACUAUGCAAGGUCAACCCGGAAAAGACGCUCAAAAUUUUCGUUCCCAUGCUCGUUAUCAACAUUCGAAACGAGAUUGACCAUAACCACGCCGCAUCUGAUCGAACAUCUGGAACAGACUACCUGCCUCGAGAUAGAGCCCUUGUCUGGCACAUCACAAUGCUAGCCAUGGUGGUAGUUCACGUCGGACGCGAGGUUCUGAGUCACAAGGACGAGCUUCUCGGCAUCGCUGGUUACAUGCAAGAAAAGUGUCGCGGCCUGCCAACCAUCUUGGUUUCCAACUACAUCCACCACCUGCUCCUUAACCUCACACACACUUAUCCCAUUGACCAUGCCCUGUAUGAGCCAGAUGUCAUCAAGCGGGGUCUGGACAUCAGUGAUUGGGGCAAGACUACAACGCCAGCUGAGCUUACCAUCAAGUGGCAUCAGCCCUCGCCCCCCGAGGUUGAUUUUGCAGUGGAGUUGUUUGCAACCCAGACCAAGUCUAUCUCACAACAACUGGCUCUCCUCCUCAGCGACAACCCCCCCGUCAGUCGCAAAGGCAAGAACAAGGAAUGGUCCGAUGAAAUCUCACGGCUUAUGCAACAGAUCCGCCUGGUGACGUCGGGAAUGUCCGUCAUGUUUGAUCCUAAGCGUGCAUCUGGACCCACGGAUGUAGAGACGGAAGACGAUCUUGUUGUCGACGCUGACGAGGACGAAAUGAUGGUCGAUGACGACGAUCCUCUCGCUGAGGUCGCCGAUGAUGAGGAGCUGAGGCCUCAGUUCCGCUACCGUGCGGGAUAUCCACUUAAGCGUGAUGAUCCGGCUUACGAGCGCAUUCACGUUCUCCGUGAGGAGCUCGGUCAGACAUUAACAAAUGCACAUGCCUUCUUGGUCAAGCAUCAAGAAGACGAUGUCAGCUGCUUCACCGCGCUGUGCAGUGCGUACCGGACCUGGACCACGGAUGUUGGUAUCGAGCGCUCUGCACACCCUCUCGAGCGUCACUUGCGACUUUAUAAGGCUGAUAUUGCAGCUUUCAAGGUUAAGGGACUACGAAAAGUUUACCCUCGCCCUCUUUUGAUUAAGAGAGCCGAGGCCUACUUGCUUCUCCGCCUAAAGCACAAUGCCGCAUCGAGGCAAAAGAGCGAGCUAGACAAGCAGCUUCUUCUCGAUCUUACCGAGUCUUGUCUAUCUUCUUACGCCGAUGUUCGCCGCGUCGCCCAGAGCGCUCAAGACUCAUCGCUCAAGGUCUUGGUGGGCAGCAAGCCAAUUGUGAUUCCUCCGCUUCUACAGGGACUCAAGAAGGCUCUUCAGCAAAACGACCACGAUCGUAUCAAGGGUGGCAUGUACUCGCUCCUCUUCACGUCGCUGCUGAAAACAUUAUUGAAAGAUUGGAGGUUUGCGCCAGAGGCGAUGAGAUUGUAUAUCGAAACUGCGGGUAUUGACAAGCCGUCCAUUCAGUCCCUUGGUUCAUCAGCACUUUAUUCACUUAUUGAGUUCGGCAAACCGUUUGAGAGAGCUAUAAUUGUGGACGAUGAGGUCGUAAGCACGAUACGUCCACAGGAAGAUGCGACCUCCGUGAUCAACUCACGACAUCAGUUCAUUCUCCAACGGCGCACGAGAGUUGAAGAGUCCAAGGCGGCCCUUGGUCUUGAGCUCACGAGAAAAGCCAAGGAUGCGCAUUGGAAAGUCGCAACCAGAUGCGCCAUCUUUGCAGCUAACUUGUGUCUCCGCUUUGACAAGAUCGCACCGGCCGAGUUCGUUGAGCUGGUUGCGAACGGCACCAAUGACCCGCACCCGGGACUCCGAGGCUAUUAUUUGAAUGCCUUUACAUCCGUCUUCAACGCCAUUGAUCUCCGAGCCGUUUAUGAUCAUGAUUAUCGCAACUACUUACUCGAAAAAGAGAGUAAAGAUCGCAACAAGAUUACCGUCGAGGUGAAAAAGGGCGACGCCGAGUACACCCGAAAGUUCCUCGAGGCGUUUAACGAUCCAAGCAAUGCAGAGUUUAUGGUGGAUGCGGAUCACCCCGGGUGGCUCGUCUGGGGUAAGUCUUUCUCUGCCUUCCGAGCCCGACCGAUGCCAUUCGAUGCAUACGAUGAUGUGGAACGCGCUGUGCGUUCCCAAAUUGGCAAGAUCCUGAACAAAGACUGGUUUCGUCAGUGCUUUGAAUAUUUGAAACAAGAACCACGGGACAGCUCGGCAGACAGAUUCCGCAUGAGCAACGUCUAUCUUCUGAUGCACGUGUUUGAUCUGAUGCACUAUGAGUGCACUGCUGUUACCUUGGACGAGAUUAAGGAGCUGAUGACGGAUGUGUAUGGUGAUGGUAGCGACAAGCAUCAGCACCGCGCGACAGCGGAAAUCCUGGGAGCAUUGCUGUCAGGAUCCAGCGAUGAUCCGCCGGCCAUCCGGGAGCGAGUGUGGGAGUUUGCCGCGCCCAAGAUUCUGGAGAUUUUUGCAGACGGGCUCACUCCCGACAACUUGACAUACUGGAUGACUUGCCUGCACUUCAUUCUAGAUUCCAAAGACCCCCGCCGAUGCCAUGAGCUUGUGGACGCACUACGCACUUUCCGCCUGGAUAUGAACUCCAACGCUGCAUUCAAGGAGUCUGCCAAAAUUCAGCUGGUUGAGUUUGCCAUUGCUGAUGGUGGGUGGCACUUCCGCGAUGCGGAGCCGAUUUUGGAUGACUUCCUGGCACACUUGGAUCAUCCAUACAAAGCAGUGCGUGAAUCCAUGGGUCGUGUGAUUGCAGUCAUUUUUAAGUCGAAGUAUCACGAGUCCUUUGAGAGUGUGAGAAAACUGCUAGAGGAGAACAAGGCAGACUCGUCCAUUGGCAUUCGACCAUACAAGCCAGAAGAAGACUUUAGCGUGGUGAUCAACGACGUGUUUUCGCGGUUGCAGAAGUGGAGGCACGAGCGUACGCCAGGACAGCAGGAGCAAUCUUCGUAUACGGCAGGCAGCAAGACAGUGCUUAUGUGGCUGGACUGCGCCUUGUCAUCGCACGAGUGUACACAGCUUGUGCCAUUCUUUUCGACGCCGUUUAUGGAUGAGCUGCUUCACAUGAUGGACGUGAAGGAGGAUCCCGAACUGAUGCGAACUGCAUACCACGUAUAUCGUCACCUGCCUAACGUUCCGUUCCGGGAUGGUGAAGAUGCAGACUUUAUCAAAGGCCUGGUCCGCAUAGGGCGCAAUGCCACCAGCUGGCAUCAGCGCCUGCGAGCGCUUGUAAACAUGCAGGUUAUCUACUAUCGACGCAUCUUUCUGACGGGGAAGAGUCUGAGGGAUCUGCUCUUCACCACGGUUUCAGACAUGCUCAGUGACUCGCAGCUCGAGGUGCGGGUUCUCGCCUCUACUACGCUGGCGGGCAUGAUUCGCUGCUCACCUCGAAGGGUCCGGGACCCGAUGAUUGAACACCUCAAGAGUAGAUUCGAGAGGGAGCUAGAGCAGAAUCCGAUGCCGAAGCGUGGGCCCAAGGCCGCUGGAACCGACACGCCCGUGGAUGUGCAGAAGCAGAUUACGCGGAGACAUGCAGCGGUGCUUGGGUUGGGUGCGUUGAUCGAAGCCUUUCCAUACGCCACGCCACCACCGAAGUGGAUGCCCGAAGUUUUGGCCACACUGGCCCGUCGUGCGGCAGGUGACCCUGGAGUAGUGGGCAAAGCAACAAAGGGGAUUCUGAGCGAGUUCAAAAAGACCCGACAAGACAGCUGGAAUGUGGACCAGAAGUACUUUACCUCUGAGCAAUUGGAAGACUUGGAGGGUGUCUUGUGGAAGAGUUAUUUUGCUUAG